AUGUUGAAAACCGAGUCUUCAGGCGAGCGAACCACUCUCAGAAGUGCCUCUCCUCACAGGAAUGCCUAUAGGACUGAGUUCCAGGCACUGAAAAGUACCUUUGACAAACCCAAGUCCGAUGGGGAACAAAAAGCAAAAGAAGGUGAGGGCUCCCAGCAGAGCAGGGGGAGGAAGUAUGGCUCCAAUGUCAACAGAAUUAAAAACCUAUUCAUGCAGAUGGGUAUGGAGCCCAGUGAGAACGCCGCAGUCGUUGCCAAAACAAGGGGCAGAGGUGGACCUUCGUCCCCUCAGAGAAGAAUGAGGCCCAAAGAAUUCCUGGAGAAAACAGAUGGCUCCGUUGUGAAGCUGGAGUCCUCUGUUUCAGAGCGAAUUAGUAGGUUUGACACAAUGCACGAUGGCCCUUCGUAUUCUAAGUUCACAGAGACUCGCAAGUUGUUUGAGAGAAGUGUGCACGACUCGGGGCAAAACAACCGUUACUCCCCAAAGAAAGAGAAGGCUGGGGGGAACGAGCCUCAGGAUGAAUGGGGGGGCUCGAAGUCCAACAGAGGCAGUACCGACUCCCUGGACAGCCUCAGCUCCCGGACAGAGGCUGUCUCCCCAACUGUGAGCCAGCUGAGUGCAGUGUUUGAGAACACCGAUUCCCCCCAUUCCAUCCUUUCUGAGAAGGCUGAGCAUGAAUACUCAGUGACUGGGCAUUAUCCCCUGAAUUUGCCAGCUGUGACAGUCACAAAUCUUGACACCUUUAGUCGUCUUAAGGAGCCUGAUUCUUGCACGCCCCCGCGCAAACACGGUGACGAGGAUGCGGAGGAUGCUCAGAAGAGUCACGCGUCCCCCGUGCCACAAGUGGUUCCGAAAAGUACCUCUCUAGCUUUGACACCUAGCGAAGAGGCAGAGCAGAGCAAGGAAGCCGAGGACUCCACUCCUAACCAAGAGACUCCCGGCGGGGUUGACAGAGACGUCCCCGGAGAACCUUGUGCUGAGAAUAAGGCAGUGCCAGGGUCUGACAUCCUCUCCCCCCAGGGUGAGCCCUUGGGAGGUGCCAAAGCCAAUUCGGUUGGGAACGAGGCAGCGAUGCUACGGAGGAAGGAGCUUGCAGGUGGUGAUUUUAUCUCUGCUGAUGCUUCUGGACCCAGCUAUGGGAAGGAAGUACCUGAAGAUUCAAGUCAUAUUGAGAGCCCCCACGUUUACAUGCACAGUGACUAUAAUGUAUAUAGGGUGAAAUCCAGGUAUCAUUCCGACUGGCGAGAGACAGGCACUGAGCAGGACGAGCAGGAGGACAGUGAUGAAAACAAUUACUAUCAACCUGACAUGGAGUACUCGGAAAUCGUCGGACUGCCAGAAGAAGAAGAGAUCCCCACAAAUAGGAAAAUUAAGUUUAGUAGUGCUCCGAUUAAGGUUUUCAGCACAUACUCCAAUGAAGACUAUGACAGGAGAAAUGAUGAAGUUGACCCUGUAGCUGCUUCAGCUGAGUACGAACUUGAAAAGCGUGUAGAAAAGUUGGAACUUUUCCCAGUGGAACUGGAGAAAGAUGAGGAUGGACUUGGCAUAAGUAUCAUUGGAAUGGGUGUUGGAGCAGAUGCUGGACUUGAAAAGCUGGGGAUAUUUGUCAAGACAGUAACAGAAGGCGGUGCUGCUCAGCGGGAUGGCAGAAUACAAGUCAAUGACCAGAUUGUAGAAGUGGAUGGAAUCAGCUUGGUGGGCGUCACACAGAAUUUUGCUGCAACAGUUCUCAGAAACACCAAGGGCAACGUCAGAUUUGUUAUUGGGCGAGAAAAACCAGGACAAGUGAGCGAGGUUGCGCAGUUGAUCAGCCAGACGCUGGAACAAGAAAGGCGCCAGAGAGAGAUGCUUGAGCAGCACUACGCCCAGUAUGACGCCGACGACGAUGAGACAGGAGAAUAUGCCACCGAUGAAGAGGAGGAUGAGGAAGGAACCACCCUUCCCAGCAGUGACAUGGCCAUUGAAGUCUUUGAGCUGCCUGAGAACGAGGACAUGUUCUCCCCGUCAGACCUGGACACGACCAAACUCAGUCACAAAUUCAAAGAGUUGCAAAUCAAACACGCAGUUACAGAAGCAGAGAUUCAAAAAUUGAAGACCAAGCUGCAGGCAGCAGAAAAUGAGAAAGUGAGGUGGGAACUAGAAAAAAACCAACUCCAACAGAAUAUAGAAGAGAACAAAGAAAGAAUGUUGAAGUUGGAGAGCUACUGGAUCGAGGCUCAGACCCUGUGCCACACAGUAAACGAGCACCUCAAAGAGACCCAAAGCCAGUAUCAGGCCUUGGAAAAGAAAUACAACAAGGCAAAGAAACUGAUCAAGGACUUUCAGCAGAAAGAACUUGAUUUCAUCAAGAGACAGGAAGCAGAGAGGAAGAAAAUAGAAGAUUUGGAAAAAGCUCAUGUUGUGGAAGUUCAAGGCCUGCAAGUGCGGAUCAGAGAUUUGGAGGUUGAGGUGUUCAGGCUGCUGAAGCAAAACGGGACUCAAGUGAACAACAACAACAACAUCUUCGAGAGGAGAACAUCUCUCGGAGAAGUCUCUCAGGGAGACACCAUGGAGAACGUGGAUGUGAAGCAGAUGUCCUGUCCAGAUGGCCUGAGUCAAGACUUGAAUGAAGCGGUCCCUGAGACAGAGCGCCUGGACUCUAAAGCCCUGAAAACCCGAGCCCAGCUGUCCGUGAAGAACCGACGCCAGAGGCCCUCCAGGACAAGGCUCUAUGAUAGUGUCAGUUCAACAGACGGGGAAGACAGUCUAGAGCGAAAGCCUUCAAACAGUUUCUGUAACCACAUGCACAUUACCAAAUCACUUCUGCCCAAGGGUUUGCGAACUUCUUCUCCAGAAUCAGAUUCUGGUGCUUCAUCCCUCACUUCCGAGGCUGUCAGUGUGCCCUUCUCCAAGUCUGACCAGAUAACUGAAUCUCAAGGACCCCUGCACCCAGAGAAGGAGCCUUCCUCCUUUACUUGGGGAGACAGUUCACUCUCCUCUCCUUCAAAAUCUGAUCAUGAAAUGGAAGAAUCUCCUUGCCAUCAUCAAGCCGCCACCAAGAAAAUAUCUCAAGAAAAAGACGGUGCCAAAGAUCCCAAAUCACUAAGGGCGUCCAGUUCGUUGGCGGUGCAAGGAGGGAAAAUUAAGCGGAAGUUUGUGGAUCUGGGGGCACCAUUGCGAAGGAACUCCAACAAGGGAAAGAAAUGGAAAGAAAAAGAAAAAGAAGCCAGUAGGUUUUCUCCAAGUAGCAGGAUCUUCAGAGGCAGGCUGGACCAUUGGAAAGCAAAGCCCUCUGCUGCAGCGCCGGCCUCCCCUCGCUCACCUUGCAUGCCUUUCUCCUGGUUUCAAGAGAGCCGGAAAGGAUCCUAUUCCUUCAGGAACCUGCCUUCACCUCCAAGUCCCCUCCAGCCUUCUCCUGAAACACUAAUUUCAGAUAAAAAGGGGUCCAAGAAUUUUACCUUCAACGAUGACUUCAGUCCCAGUAGCACCAGCUCGGCAGACCUGAGUGGCCUGGGAGCGGAGCCCAGAACCCCGGGGCUCUCUCAGUCCCUAGCGCUGUCGUCAGAUGAGAGCCUGGAUAUGAUAGAUGACGAGAUCCUUGAUGACGGACAGUCUCCCAAGCACAGUCAGUGUCAGAAUCGGGCCGUUCAGGAGUGGAGUGUGCAGCAGGUUUCUCACUGGCUCAUGAGCCUAAAUCUGGAGCAGUAUGUAUCUGAAUUCAGUGCCCAAAACAUCACUGGAGAGCAACUCCUGCAGUUGGAUGGAAAUAAACUGAAGGCUCUUGGAAUGGCAUCAUCGCAGGACCGAGCAGUGAUCAAAAAAAAGCUCAAGGAAAUGAAGAUGUCUCUGGAGAAGGCUCGGAAGGCUCAAGAGAAAAUGGAGAAGCAGAGAGAGAAGCUGAGGAGGAAGGAACAAGAGCAGAUGCAGAGGAAAUCUAGGAAGACAGAAAAGAUGGCAGUAGAGGGUGCUGGGGAGCAGUAA